AUGGAAGGUCACGAUCUGGAAAUGGAGAAAGCUCGAUUGCUAAGCUUGGCUCUCAAUUCUGGGUUCGAUGAAGAAUCGGCAAAGAAGUGUUUGGAUCGUCUGGUUGAUCUCUACGGUGACGAUGGCCUAGAUUUUAUUACCGUGGAGCACUGCGGUGAUGAUUUUCUUGCAGCAUUAGCUGAAUCUAUGCAGGACACUGAAGAAUGGGAUGAUAUACAAGCAAUGGAAACUGAAGCUUGUGGAGUUUUGAAUAACAUGUUUGACAAAGACAUCCUCAACGGUAACGAACCAGAUGAUGAUAGAGGCAAAAUCAACGUGGUAGAAGAUUCACCGGAACGUCAAAAGUACCCAAAUUUCUUGCUGUUGGAUUCUAGUGAUAGUGAAGAAUUAGAUUUAACAACUCCAAUGAGAAAAGACGCUGGAUCAAAGCCCUCUUCCUUUCCUGUUUGGAGCAGUUCUGUCCCACCCCAGAAUUUGGGUAAACGUUCUUCAAGAUCAGUGGAUUGUGAAAGCAGCAUUACUCGAGAUUCAGUUCCAUCAAUUUCUAGUAAAAAGCAGUGCGCCCGUACAUCAAAAUAUGAAUCAAAGACUCUUACUUAUGAAGAGUUACAGGCUCUGGAUGAUGCUGAGCUGGCCAAUGUUGUAAUAUUUGGUAAUAAGAUAUUUCGACCCUUGCAGCAUCAGGCUUGUAAAGCAGCUAUGGAAAAGCGAGAUUGCUUUAUCCUAAUGCCUACUGGAGGGGGUAAAAGCUUAUGUUACCAGCUUCCAGCAACCCUGAAACAGGGUGUGACAGUUGUUGUAUCUCCACUGCUUUCCCUUAUUCAGGAUCAGAUUAUAACGCUGAACCUCAAGUUUGGUGUACCAGCAACUUUUUUCAAUUCUCAACAAACCACUUCCCAAGCAGCAGCGGUCCUUCAAGAGCUAAGGCAAGAUAAACCAUCAUGCAAGCUUCUGUAUGUGACUCCUGAGAGAAUUGCUGGAAACCCUUCUUUUCUUGAGGUUCUGAAAUGCCUGCAUUCAAAGGGACAGCUAGCAGGAUUUGUUGUGGAUGAAGCGCACUGUGUAAGCCAAUGGGGGCAUGAUUUCCGUCCAGAUUACAGGGGAUUAGGAUGUCUUAAGCAGAUAUUCCGCGAUGUUCCAGUGAUGGCAUUGACUGCCACAGCAACCCAUUCAGUUCGUGAGGACAUAUUAAAAGCUUUGAGAAUCCCUCGUGCUCUUGUCCUUGAAAGAAGCUUUGACAGACCCAACUUGAAAUAUGAAGUCAUCGGCAAGACUAAGGAAUCACUGAAGCAGCUUGGGCAGCUAUUGAUGAGUCGUUUCCAGGACCAGAGCGGGAUUAUAUACUGCCUUUCAAAAAGUGAAUGUGUUGAGGUUUCUAAUUUUUUGAACGAGAAAUUUAAGAUUAAGACAGCGUAUUACCAUGCUGGGAUAGCAGCUCGCCAAAGAGUUGCUGUCCAAAAGAAAUGGUACACUGGAGAGGUUCAAAUUGUAUGUGCUACAAUUGCUUUUGGGAUGGGAAUAGACAAGCCGGAUGUUCGUUUCGUCAUCCACAAUACUAUAUCCAAAUCAAUAGAAAGCUAUUAUCAAGAAUCUGGAAGGGCUGGCAGAGAUGAUCUUCCUGCAGUAUGCAUCGUCCUAUACCAGAAGAAGGAUUUCAGUCGGGUUGUAUGUUUGUUACGAAAUGGUCAAGGAUGUAAAAGUCAAAGUUUCAAGACAGCUAUGGCUCAAGCACAGAAAAUGCAAGAGUACUGUGAACUAAAGGUUAGCAACUCCAAACCAUCAUCAACUGGUUAUUCUCACAUUGACGAAAGAAGCAAAUCUAGCCUUUUUAUAGAACCAUGUGUACUGAUGAGAAAUAUCGUUGGUUUCUUUGCUUUGUUAUUCUUCAGACUCAGUGUAGGAGGCAAAUGUUACUCAAACACUUUGGAGAGUCCUUUGAUGAAAAUGCCUGCAAGUGCGGAUCGAAUCCUUGUGAUAACUGUCUCAAAGCUUCUGAGCAAGGAAAGAAGAAAAGAUAGCUACCUCAAGACUUCCUCCUGA